CCGGGCGAGGCCCCGCGGGACAUGCUGGUGGGAGGGCUGGGUGAGGGAGACCCCUGGGGAGGCCCUGGGAGGAGGGCCGUGGCUGGUCCCCCUCUCCUGAAGGGGCGUCUCGGGGAGGCAUGGGGCUACUGGCUGCUGCGCAGGGACCCAGGGCCGGGCUCCGGGAGGCUGUUCCCCUUCCUGCGGGCCGUGGACACGUGGGCCCCGUGACACAGAGCCCUCCCCCCAGUGCCACACCCCGUGGUAGGCCUGUCCUACGGGCACCGUGGCCGCAGAGAGCAGCCGCCAUGACGCCCACCCUCACGGCCCUGCUCUGCCUCGGGCUGAGUGUGGGCCCGAGGACCCGCGUGCAGGCCGGGACCCUCCCCAAACCCACCAUCUGGGCUGAGCCAGGCUCUGUGGUCCCCCAGGGGAGCCCUGUGACCAUCUGGUGUCAGGGCACCCCGGGGGCCCAGUGGUACCGUCUGGAGAAAGAGGAAAGCUCAGAGCCCUGGGACACACAGAAACCACUGGGGCCCGGGGACAAGGCCACGUUCUCCAACCCACUCAUGACAUGGAAGCACACAGGGACAUAUCGCUGUUCCUAUCACAGCCCCACUGGCUGGUCAGAGCGCAGUGCCCCCCUGGAGCUGGUGGUGACAGGAGCCUACAGCAAACCCAGCCUCUCAGCUCUACCCAGCCUUGUCGUGACCUCAGGAGGGAACGUCACCCUUCAGUGUCACUCAUGGCAGGGAUUCAAACAGUUCGUUCUGAUGGAGGAUGGAGAACACAAGCCCUCCAGGACCCUGGAUGCACAGCGACUCCCUGGUGGGCAGCGCCAGGCCCUGUUCCCCGUGGGCCCCGUGACCUCCAGCCGCAGGUGGACGUUCAGAUGCUACGGCUAUUUCAGGAACAGCCUCCAGAUGUGGUCGGAGCCCAGUGAACCCCUGGACCUCCUGGUCUCAGGUGUGUCCGGGAAGCCCUCCCUCCUGAGCCAGCAGGGCCCUGUCGUGACCCCUGGGCAGAACCUGACCCUCCAGUGUCACUCUGACGUCGGCCAUGACAGGUUCGCUCUGACCCAGGAUGGGGGACGAGGCCUCCCCCAGAGCCUCGUGCGGCAGCCCCAGGCCCACAUCCCCCUGGGCCCUGUGAGACCCUCACACGGGGGCCAGUACAGGUGCUACGGGGGACACAGCCUCUCCUCCGAGUGGUCAGCCCCCAGCGACCCCCUGGAUGUCCUGGUGGCAGGACAGCUCCCGGACAGACCCUCCCUCUCGGUGCAGCCGGGCCCCACGGUGGCCCCAGGGGAGAAGGUGACCCUGCUGUGCCAGUCGGGGAGCCCGAGGGACACUUUCCUUCUGUCCAAGGAGGGCGCAGCCCAGGCCCCCCUGCGUCUCAGAUCAAAGAACGGGGCACAGCAGAGCCAGGCCGAAUUCCCCAUGAGCCCUGUGACCUCAGCCCACGGGGGCACCUACAGGUGCUACAGCGCAAACAGCAGCGCCCCCUACCUGCUGUCACAUCCCAGUGUCCCCCUGGAGCUCCAGGUGUCAGGCCCGAAGUGGCCGGUGCUGGUCCUCGUCGGGGUCUCCGCGGCCUGCGCCCUCCUGCUGGCCGUCCUGCUGCUGCUCCUGCUCCGCCGCCAGCGGCUACGCAGACGCAGGAAGCCGGGUGCUGCAGACGCCGAGUCCGGGGACAGAGGCCCGCAGCGCAGCUCCGGCCCCGCUGAUGACGCCCAGGAGACCCUCUAUGCCACCGUGACGGACGCACAGCCGGAGGGGCUGGAGCUGGACCCCCAGGUGAGGCCCCUGCUUCCCCGGGGCCCGCCCGCUGCCGCACUUCACCCAGUGGACACUCUGUCCUCGCGUCCCUCAGCUCAGCGCGCCCCACGGCUGGCCUCUCCCUCCUCGGGCACCUGGGUCGCGCUGCUGGGACCUCAGCCCUCCUGGUCGCUGUGCCCUCAGCCCUCCUGGCUCCCCGUCCUCUGUCUGACCGGCUGGCUAUCGGACGCGCCCCAGGGCCUGGGAGGGCGCAGCUGCAAAGGAACCACCCCGAGGUCCCUGCGGCCCUGCGUUCCUCCCCGACAGGGCUGCACGGGCUCACCCUUCCCCCGCAUCUCUAGAGCCCGCAGGACGAAGACGCCCCGGGGGGCACGUAUGCCCAGGCUGCUGCACCUGACGCCCCCCAGGAGGUGACCUACGCCCAGCUGAACCACCCGACCCUCAGACGGGCGACCCCGGCGUCCCCUCCCUCCCAGGCAGGGCAGCCCCCAGCAGAGCCCAGCGUGUAUGCGGCUCUGGCCACCCGCUAGCCACGAGGGCCUGACCCGCACGCCAGGGGAGACUGCCGGCACCCCAAACCUGCCCCCGUGGACACUACCUAACGACCCGGCGGCCUGGACUCCCCACGUGGACCCCCAGGAGCUCCUGGGACCCUCUGGGAGCCCCUGAUCCUGCAGCAAGGACAGCUGAUACCCCUGUGUUUGGACGUCUCAGUAAUCCCCGGGUGAAAUGGGAAAACCACGCGGGAGUGAGAGAGGGUUUUACGUUGAGUCAGAAGGGACAUGGACACGGCAGACCCAUGAAAUGGAAAGUUAGGAACCGCGGGUGAAUGUAUCAGGAUAUAGUAGGAAUGUAGGAAAACAGUCAGCCACCAAAGGUACUGUAUCAGGCGUGUGGGAAAAGCGUCAUGUUCUUCCAAACGAAGGCGGAAGGAGGGGAAUACUGCCGAGAGUGGCACUAAGGGGACCCAGCGAACCUAGAGGAAAGUCAACAGUCCAGAGAACCUCGUUCUUGAAAACUUUAAUCACAUUUAUCAAUCCCAGCCGCAUGGCCAAGGAAAAAGAGAGAGAAGGCCCCCACGCCCCUCAUCAGGACAGCAGGGCAGGUGCCACAGACUGUGGGGAUCAGACUGUUGUGAACCACUGCAGGCCAGCAAGAGAGAGACUGCAGGCGAAAUGGACAAAAUCCUCAAAAAUCUAAUUUACCAAAAUGAUGGUUGUAAGGAUACACACAAAAACCUGAAUUGUCCUCAUUAUUAAAUAUGUUGAACCUGAAAUUUAAAAUUGUCGUGCAAUGUGAACUUCAGAAAGCUUAAAUGGUGAAUGCAUGUAAACACUUAUACAUUUAUGAAAUGCACACACACAUACACACACACAGAAACACAUACACCAAAGUCCCACAAGCCCCUCCUGACAAUAGGGAAGGAGGGAAGACUCCCCCCAGCACAUUUUAUGAGGCCAGAAGAACAUUGACAGCAAACCAAACAGGAAACUACAAUGUGGGAACAUCACAGGAAGCCCUCUUUGUGAGCCAGAUGUGGACCCCGAAGCAAAAAAGCAGCAAAGAAGAUGCAGUGAUGUACAAAACGGAUGUAGAUAUCACAUCAUGACCAUGCUGGUUAUGUUUUUUUUUCAGGAAUGUGUGGUUAUUUUCAUAUUCAAAAAUCAAUUGAUACAAUUCAAACAUUAUUAAAAGAAAAAAAUUGAAAAAACAGGAUUUAUAUAUAAAUGGAUGCAAAGCUUUUCAUAAAAUACAUCCCCAACUUGAAAUGGAAAAAAAAUAAGACACCUCAGACAUGAAAGGGAGUUCCCUAACAUCUAUCAGAGCAUCGUUAAAAUUCUACAAGGGAAAUAACUUGGAAAAGUAAAAGCUUGAAGUUUUUCUGCUUGCGAUUAAGACUGAGACAAGGAUAUUCACUAUUCUGUAGGGCACUUGAAGAUCCAAACAAUUAAAAUUUUUAAAAAACUGAUACAUAUUGAAUGGGCUAAAACUGUUUUACUCACAGAUUGCAAAAUUCUGUGCAUGGGAAAUCCAAAAUAAUACUAAGAUGUAUUAUUUUUAUUUGAAAAGGAUCGCUCCAAUGUCACCAGAUACAUCAGCAAUACAUGAAAAUGUAUUGCAUGGCAGACUUCCAGUUUUGGACAAAGAGGAAGUAGGUAUGUCUUCCCAACGCUACUACAAAGUACAUCUGAAACUCCUACAGGCUAUACAACAAAAAGUAAGACUCUGAAAAGUGUGGAGGAGGCAGCAGAUAGGCUAAGACUGUUAAAACCCCAGGAAUGACACAGAGGGUGUCACAGGAGGCCAGCUGGGGUGGCUGGACUGCCUCCGUCCACCUCAGUCCAUACUGAGUCCCAUACUCCAGCAGUGUCAGCAAAGGCCUUCUGUAACCGAAGAUUUAAAUAAAAGUCCAAAUUCUCACAACGGUAUGUCAAAAACGUCCAGGUUUCCUUUAAAAAAAAACACACACACAUUCCGAAGAAGACAGGAAAGUCUCAUCUUGAGUUGAGAACCCUUGUCAGCAGAGACUACAAUGGAGAUGAUACAAUGUUGGAACUCCCUAGCAAGGAUUGUAAAGCUGCCACAGGAAAAUGCUUUGAUGGGCAAUUACUCUCACGUUUACAUUACAUCUAAAAACAUAGAAAGCCUUGGCACAGAAUAGAAGGCAUAAAGGAGAACACAAUAAAAAUUUAAGAUCUGAAAAAUACAAUGAUUCAGAUGCAAGGCUCUUUAGGUGGCGAGGCUGAGCCGCAGAAAUGGGGGGAGGGAACAGAGGAAAUAAUGAACGACAUGACAGAAGAAUGAAAAUGGCUCCAUCUAAGCAGCCGGAAGCAAAUAAUCUGGAAAGGAAAAUGAGCAGAGCCUCAGGGACCUGUGGGACUGCAACGAAAGAGUGAACCACCGUGGGAGCAGAGUCCUAGCAGCAGAGGAGAAAGAGGAUGAUACUGAAAAACUGUUCAAGAAGUAAUGCUGAAAUUUCUCCAGAUUUGGCAAUAGCCAUAAACCCCCAUGGUCAUGAAAUGCAAUGAGCCCCAAGUAGGAUAAGGACAAAAAAAUCUGUGCAGAGACGCAUCAGAAUCCAACUAAGGAAAACAAAAGACAAAGAAGUUCCUGGAGUGCCCUGACUCAGAAAUGCGACCUCCCCUGUGGAGGAAAAGCCUAUUCAAAUGGCAACAGGCUUCUUCCUCAUCAGAGACCUGAAGGCAGAAGGAGGGGCCUAAGCAUCCUUCCAGCGUAGAAGGGAAAGAAAUGGCACCCCUAAAUUCUACAGAUGGUUGGGGAGUCAGAGCUUUGUCAGGUGAAAGGAAACUAGGAGGGUUUAUCACAAGCCCACCUGCCCUAAAUGAACGGCCAAAGCAAGUUCUUGACCAGAAAAGGAAGUGAUACAAAGGAAUCUUGGAGGCUCAGGAACAAGAAAGCAGAAGGGGGGACACCCAGUGCCCAGGACAGAAAGUCACAACCAUUCAGCUACUUUUCCUCCACAGCACCUGCCUCACCUUAUUUUCAAAUUUUCAGGCACAGAAACACUCAUGCAUGAUCUUCAAUGAUGUUGGCACAUUUUGUUAAUCUACUAACAUUUUAAGGAAUGAGGAUAAAUUAAAGCUUUUCUUUAAUUCCCAGAGCACGCACAGCAAUGAGAGAUGCUUGAAUUCCAUGCACUACAGACAGACAGUUUCACUGUUCUUUGCUUUUUUGUACUUAGCAAAUUCUGCAUUUUAUACAAAUUGAAGGUUUGUGCCAACUCUGCACCCUGGGAGACUAUCGUGCCAUUUUUCCAACAGCAUUUGCUGGCUUCCUGUCUCUGUGUUAUAUUUAGUAACUCUCAUGAAAUUUCAAGCUUUUUCAUUGCCAUAUAAUGUUCCUCCCAGUGAUCUUUGAUGUUACUAUUGUCACUGUUUUGGGGAUCCAU